AUAGCAGAAAAAUGCUUAGUUUCGUGUCUGUCAAAAAAAAAAAAAAGAAACAUGGCGAAAAGCCACAGUUGAUGUGACUGCUAGCGUCAAGCUGACGGGAUUGUUUAUGUUUAGCUUGCCGCUAGGAAAUUGAUUCCACGUAAAAUUUAAUGAUAAACAUUUAUUGAAAAGAUCAGGACAAAGGCGAAAUAGUUGUUGAACCGACCCGGAAAAGAAUUGCUCAAAAUGUCUAGCCAGGAACGUGGAUUGUUGCGGAAAAUGGAGUUCCCGGACAUGGCCCGUGAUGCUUUACCCAUUAUUGAAAAUCUCAUCAAUCGAAACAAACAUGAUCAGGCGAUGGACUUGAUAGGCGAGUUUGUGUUCCGGGAGCGUCGGGAUGAACAACGGGGCAGCGGUCAGUUUGGAAAAGUGAACACAAACCUGCCCCGGCUGUCCUCGAUCGAAGAGUUUCAGCUGGUGCUGGUACUGUGCGAGUUCUUUUCCCGUCCCGGACCAGAUGCCACCCGAAAUGCCGUGUUUCUUUCACUUUUCGGUGGCUCCGUCAUUCGUACGAGUGUGCUAAACAAGUUGAUCAGCACGGCGGUUUCGGGUUCGAUCGCACCGUUAUUGUGUGCCGCCGGUACAUGGAUGCAACAGUUGGGUUGUACUUCCCCAGCAAGUCUCGAAUUGGCGCAGUGUAUCGUGCGUGAUUUUGUCAUAUUCUCGAAGAAGUCUUCCGAGCAGCUCAAAUCGCUGCCCUUAGUGGCUCCCCGGUUUGCUGCCAAUUUGAUGACCGCUGUAACGGACCUUUAUUUGAACGGCUCCGCGAAAACGCUGGAUUCGCCCCCUGAUCUUCUGUUGGAUGUGAUCACCGAAUGGGUGUCGGAAAAUCCGUCACUGUGCCUCGCUUCCCAGCAGCAGUUAGCGUUGCCGAGUGGGGCUAUCGCAAUGCCGGUAACAACACCCCUAGCCGGGCUUAUCAGGUGGUGUGUUCUGUCUCUGCUCGUAACGGACAAACAGGAAUUGUACAGCAAAUUGCAUCUGGCGGUGCUUCAAAGCUUGCUCGAUGCGACACCUCCGGUAACAACACCCCCAACGCUACAACCGAUCAACGCUCAACAUUUAAUGCUGAUAGUGAACAGCCUUCAGACCGAAAUGGAUAACCACUUGAAAUCAGGAAAAAGCCUCGACGAAGAAAAUUUGCAGAGUUGCUUGGAACGAUUUGCUCAAGCUGUCCAGGUCGGGCUUACAUCACGUUGCAUCUUCGGCAACAUCACUCAACUGAUUUUCCGUUUGGAGUCGCUGCCCGGGAAGAAUAAACUGCUUCAAAUUGUUAUCAACGCUAACAAAUCUAGUUUAUAAGGCGAUAUCUGAGUAAUAUAGAUUUUAUUGUACAUCCAUC